AUGGUUUUCAAAAUUAUUGUAUUUUCUAUUUUUAUUUUAUUUAGUACUCAAAUUACUUUGGGAUAUGAGCUGAAUAUUUUACAUUAUAAUGACUUUCAUGCAAGAUUUGUGGAAACCAGCCGAUUAGGAACUCCUUGCAAUCAGACAGCUGAUACUUGCAUCGGUGGCUUUGCUCGCCUCGCCACCUUAGUUCGUCAGCGCUUAGACAGUGAACCGGACUCCCUUCUUCUCAACGCUGGUGACAGUUUCCAAGGAACUAUUUGGUACAAUAUCUUACGAUGGAAUGUCACCCAGGACUUUAUGAAUAUGCUUCCUCAUGAUGCUCAUGUACUGGGCAACCACGAGUUUGACAACGGUAUUGAAGGAGUAGUGCCUUAUUUGAAACAUUUGAACUCAAGAGUUGUUACAGCCAACAUAAAUGAUGAUCUAGAACCGACAAUACAGGGACUAUAUGAAAAGAGUAUAACUGUCGAGAGGAAUAAUAGGACGAUUGGUAUCAUUGGAGUUUUAAUAGCUACUACUGAUAUUCUAGCAUCUACAGGAAGACUAAAGUUCAUAGAUGAGAUUGAAGCCGUCAGAGAAGAAGCUGAGAAAUUGAAUGCACAAGGUGUAGAUAUUAUAGUUGUUUUGUCACAUUGUGGUCUGGAUAUUGACAGGGAAAUAGCUCUUCAUGCUGGACCACAUAUAGAUAUAAUAGUUGGAGGACAUAGUCACACGUUGUUGUUUAAUGGAGAAGCACCUGAAAAUAGUGGUUUCAUUCCAUUAGGGCCUUAUCCUGUGGUAGUGGAACAAGGAAAUAGAAAAGUUUUAAUCGUUCAAGCAGCAGCGCAUACUCAAUAUUUGGGAGAAAUUAAAUUAACCUUUGAUGAUAAUGGACAUUUAACCCACUGGGCGGGUAACCCACACUAUAUUGGAAAUGAAAUUGAACAAGCACAAGAUGUGUUAGACAAGAUAGAAGAAUAUCUCCCACUCAUUGAAGAGAAAGCUAAUGAAGAAAUUGGUUCAGCUUUAGUAAAAUUAUCAGCUGACUGCGCAUGUUCGGAGUGCAAUCUUGGAAACUUUAUGUGUGAUGCUUUUAUGCAUGCAACACUGUCUAGAGCUGGCCCCAACCAGUGGAAUUAUGCACACUUCUGCGUCAAUAACCGAGGAGUUAUUAGAGCAGCUAUUGAUAGUGGAGUGAUAACUUACGAAGGGAUGAUUGUGGCCAGUCCAUUCGAGAACAACGUUGAAGUUUUUGAUUUAAAAGGCGAACAUAUUAUGGAAAUGUUGGAAUUUUCUGUGGAAAAUGUACAGUGGCCUGGUGCACGGCUGUUACAGGUCUCAGGGUUGCGCGUAACUUUCGAUGGUUCUCGACCAGUAAACUCAAGGGUGGUUGAUGUGCAAGUGAGGUGUAUCGAGUGUGACGUCCCUAAGUACGAACCAUUGAAGCUCGACCAAUACUACAAGGUGGUGUCACAGUCUUUCAUUGCAAAUGGCGGAGAUGGUUAUAGUAUGAUCAGUGACAAUCGCAAAAAUAUUGAGGUUCUUGGAGUUGACUACGAUAUCCUGUCUUCUUAUGUAGGCCAUCAAUCACCAGUCUUUGCUGAGAACGAAGGACGACUAACUUUCAACAAUUUCUGCCAACCAGAGUAG